CGAGCCAUAGACACCAGUUUUUUCUCCAAAAUCAGGCAAACCCUAGCCCCCUUUUUCCCUGAAGAAGCUUGAGAAUCGAAAUUGAAAAUGGUGUGCAUACGAAAGGCAACGAUUGACGAUCUGCUUGCAAUGCAAGCCUGCAAUCUCUUCUGCCUCCCGGAGAAUUACCAAAUGAAAUACUACUUCUAUCAUAUUCUUUCUUGGCCGCAGCUCCUUUACGUCGCCGAAGAUUAUGGCGGCAAGAUCGUUGGAUAUGUGCUCGCCAAGAUGGAAGAAGAGAGCACUGAGUGUCACGGCCACAUCACAUCUCUUGCUGUUCUCCGUACGCACCGUAAGUUAGGGCUUGCAACCAAGCUCAUGGCUGCUGCACAGAACGCCAUGGAACAGGUGUUUGGUGCGGAGUAUGUGUCACUGCACGUGAGGAAGAGUAACAGGGCAGCAUUCAAUUUGUACACCGAGACACUGGGGUACAAGAUCCACGACAUGGAGGCCAAGUAUUAUGCGGAUGGAGAGGAUGCAUAUGAUAUGAGGAAACAAUUAAAGGGAAAACAUCAACAUCAGCAUCAGCAUCAGCAUCAACACCAGCACCACCACCACCACCAUGGUGGCGGUUGCUGCUCUGGAGAGGCGAAAACUGAGUGAUGAAGGUAAAAUCUAAGUCAUUGAAGAAAUAUUGUCGUUUCUUAUACUCAUUUUGCAUUCCCAAUUCGUGACUUUAGACAAGAGAAUGUUUGUUUUCGUUGAUCAUCAUUGAGCUAAUCUUAGUAUUUGUUGUUUUUGGAAUGAUUAAAGCAAAAGUUUGCAUUCUCAUAUUAGUGAUAAAGUAACUCUGUGAUUGGAAACAACUUCUUUUCAGAUCUUUUAUAGAACUGAAUUUGAUGGAAUGCUUGUAGGAUGUCGUU